UUCGAAAGAGGGUUUCUGCAAAAACCCCUUAUUUUUGUUAUUUCAAACGCCGGCGAAGAAGAGAGCGAACCAGUGAGUGAAAGAAGAAGAGAAUCAGUAACCGCCAUGUCGGGGUUUUCGUUUGGUCAAUCCAAUUCCGUUGGAGGUUUCUCAUUCGGAUCUUCUUCCGUAACUAAUUCCUCUUCUGCUGCAUCUACCACUUCUCCGUUAUCUUUCUCGUUUAACCAAUCUUCAAACCCUAGCUCCACCGGGUUUGGUUUCGGAUCCACGGCAUCAUCAACCCCUGCUUCCUCAACUCCUUCGUUCGGAUUCGGUUCCUCUGCUUCAUCGACUCCUUCAUUUGGAUUUGGAGCCAAUGUUUCUUCAUCUGGUUCUGCGCCAUCUCUGUUUGGUUCAUCUACCACCAAUGCUGCUCCUGCUUCUUCUCCUUUCGGAUUCGUAACUUCCUCCGCUUCUCAGCCUAGUUCUUCUCCGUUCGGAGCUCCGUCAUCCUCCUCCGCAUCUCCGUCUUUAUCUCUUUUCGGAGCUUCUCCGGCUUCAGCGAGUAGUGGUCCAUCAUCUCUCUUUGGAUCUUCCUCAUCUUUAUUCUCCGCUUCUUCAUCUGCCUCCGCUUCGAGUUCACCUCUCUUCGGAGGAUCCUCAUCCGCCGCUGCUUCAACAUCUCCUCUUUUCGGCGCGCCUUCUUCAGCCACCGGUUCGUCACUUCCCUUCGGCGUCGCCUCAUCAACCUCUGCCUCCUCAUCAUCCAUCUUUGGAGCCACCGGCUCGACACCUUCCUUCAGUGUUGCCUCAUCAGCCUCUGGCUCCUCACCGUCAAUCUUUGGAGCAGCCGGUUCGUCACCGUCGAUCUUUGGUUCAUCUUCGGCAGCGGGUUCAACUCCGUCUCUCUUCGGAUCGUCCUCGUCAGGCGCAACAGCUUCUUCACCUUCCCCGUUUGGAGCAUCCACCAUUAAUCCCUCAACUACAACCAAUCCCUCGCCUGCCUCAGCUUCUCCUUUCUCCGCGUCUACCGGAUUCUCUUUCUUGAAAAGCACAGCAAGUUCAACAACCACCACCACUGCUUCUGCUCUUCCACAAACGGCUUCAUCAGCUUCCUCUUCUUCUUCUUCCUCCUUCUCAUUUGGUCCACCCGCAAGUUCAGGCUUUAACCUUUCAACCGGAAGCUCAGCAGCCCCUGCCUCUAGCACACCCGGAGCAGUGUUUUCUAUUGCAACCACCACCACCACUACUACUACGUCUUCUUCGACUCCCGCUGCUACUAGUGCACCUUCAGCUGCAGCUUCUGUAAUGGGUUUCCCUUCUUUUAGUGUGAGUUCAUCUGCCACCAACACCACUCCGGCUAGCUCUGCUGCUACAUUCGGUACUACAGGAUUUGGUUCGGCUAGCUCGACUCCUGCCGCUGGAUCUACUAGCUCCUUUACUGCGUUUGCUGUACCCCAGACUUCAACACCUGCAUCAUCUUCACAACCACAAACCACUACUCCUACAUUCUCAUUCAGUGUUCCAUCUUCGACUUCUACUACUGCUCCUGCUACCAGUUCUGCUACUACAACACAGACAUCUCUUGUUGUGGCUUUGAGUAGUGGGACGAGCACAGCUGUUGCUCCAGUGGCUGGUUCUCCAAAGCUGCCAUCUGAAAUAACUGGCAAAACUGUUGAGGAGAUUAUCAAGGAGUGGAAUACUGAGCUACAAGAACGCACAGGAAGGUUCCGGAAACAGGCAAAUGCAAUAGCAGAGUGGGAUAAGCGGAUCUUGCAAAACCGUGAUGUUCUUUUAAGACUUGAGAUUGAAGUUGCAAAAGUGGUUGAAACCCAAUCUAGCUUGGAAAGACAGCUGGAAUUAAUCGAGACUCAUCAGCAAGAGGUUGACAAGGCUUUGCAAAGCAUGGAGGAAGAGGCUGAGCGUAUAUAUAAUGACGAGCGGAAAUCACUUCUUGACGAUGAAGCAGCAUCAACUAGAGAUGCAAUGUAUGAACAAUCUGAGCUUGUAGAAAGAGAAUUGGAGCAUAUGACUGAACAAAUCAGAUCGAUUAUACAAUCCGUAAAUGCAAACCAGGGUGGAGAACUUGAAGCAAUAGAUGGAAUGAGUCCACUGGAUGUAGUUGUAAGAAUCUUGAACAAUCAACUCAGUUCCUUAAUGUGGAUUGAUGAGAAAGCAGAAGAAUUCUCUUCUCGGAUUCAGAAAAUCGCAUCUCAAGGUUCUAGUGGAGAUCGUGAAUUGAUGGCUCCAAAGCACUGGAUGUCUUGAUAUUUUUUUUUAGUUUCGUGUUAUUUCUCUAGUCUCUAUGCAAGAAGUGUCUGAGAUUUUACAAUAACACAUGAUAAGUUUUUUACCAUAAAGAUUUGUAUCAUCAUUUGAAUAAUCUGAUUGACUGGUGGUUGGUUUGCUGUUGUAA